GGGUGAAAGUGUUCUCCAAGGACGGCCUGGUGGAUGUGGACUCUGAGCAUGUGGAGGUGAUGACCCUGCCCCCCUGCCGGCCCUCACCCUGCGCCACCCUUACGCCCGCUCCCUGCUGGUGGCCUGGACCUCCCCUGCUGAUAAUUCUGUCAAUAGGCAUAGGUUCCAGUACCUUCCUGAGGGCAAGUCACGUUGGAGGUCACUGGACACAGAAAUGACCUCACCUGACCACACCUACCUGGCCAACCUGACUCAGCUACUGCCGGCCACACACUACCUGUUCAGAAUUCAGGUCGUUUACACCAAGACCUUACAUAAUUACUCCUGGCCGUCCGAACCACUGUUUAACUAUUCCACGCUGAGUGAGAUCCCAGGGGCUCCAGGGCAGGUAAUGAGGCAGGUGGGCAGGCUUCCUCUGGGGAGUGGCCUGAAGGUGUGGUGGAAGCAGGCGAAGGCUAACGGCGCCCCCAUCAUCGCCUAUACACUGCAGGCUGCCCCCUACCACCCCAACCAGCCACCCACUGCUGACCACACCAUCGGGGGCCUCAACACCACUUUCACCACAGUGUACAAUGGAUCAGACAACGAGUGGAUGAUACAAGGACUGGAUGACACUUCCAGCUACAUCUUCCGCGUGAGAGCAGUGAACAGGCUGGGGCAGGGGGAGUGGGGGGAGGAGAACAUUAUAAGCACUGUUGCCGGACCUACCAUGCUGAACAGAACCCACCUCCCCACCAUUCUGUACUCCACUAUCCCCACCAUUGCUGCCCUGGUGUUGAUGCUCUGCCUGUCUGGGGGCUUGGCAAUGAGGAGGACUGAGAAGAAGAAGAGGAAGGCCAAGGCUGCCUCUAUCUCGGACUCGUCACUCCACCACCCGCACCACCACCACCCCCGCGGCAGAGAGGUGGAGCUGGCUAACCUCGGCCACCUCCCCACCAGCACCAACUUUGUCACAGAGAAUAAUGUACUGUAUGAUAUGACCAGCUUUCCAGGUGACGACCUUGACUUGCCCCACGUGUCCCGGCAGUGCAUCACCUUGACUAAGUUCCUGGGCAGCGGGGCAUUUGGCGAGGUGUUCGAGGGCACCGCAUGUGUUCUGCCCGGCCGCCCUGACGUCACCAAGGUGGCCAUCAAGACACUCCGCAAGGGCGCCACAGAGGGGGAGAAGGUGGAGUUCCUGAAGGAGGCACAGCUGAUGAGUCACUUCCAGCAUGAACACAUAUUGCGGCUCCUGGCGGUGUGCACGGACCAUGACCCAUUCUUCCUCAUCCUGGAGCUGAUGGAGGGUGGUGACCUGCUCUCCUACCUCAGGACCAGCCGGGGGAGUGACGUGGGGCUCACACUGGGCGACCUGGUGGACAUGUGCCUGGAUGUGGCCAAGGGCUGCGUGUACCUGGAGGAGAUGCAUUACGUCCACCGUGACCUGGCUGCCCGUAACUGCCUCGUGUCCACCACCGACCCGCAGUCCCGUAUUGUGAAGAUUGGGGACUUUGGAUUGGCCAGGGACAUCUACAAGAAUGAUUACUACAGGAAGGAGGGUGAGGGGCUGCUACCGGUGCGCUGGAUGUCCCCAGAAAGCCUCAUUGACGGGGUGUUCACAAGUCACUCCGACGUGUGGGCGUUUGGUGUGCUGCUGUGGGAGAUCCUCACUCUGGGGCAGCAGCCGUACCCUGCCCGCACCAACCUGGAAGUGCUGCACCACGUCAGGAGUGGCGGCACCCUCACCAGGCCCGGGUGUCCUGAGGAACUACACAAGUUGAUGGAGAGAUGUUGGAGCUACAGCCCUGAGAGGCGGCCUACCUUCAAAGAGUGUUUGGGGGUGCUGCUGCUGCUGCGGCGGAGGCUAUCUCGGCCCUCCCUGCUCUUGCUGUCCAUAAUGUUCACUAUAUUGGCUCCAGUGGCAACUCAGGAAUUAGUGAGGAGGACUGCUUACCUGAGACGAGCGCCCUGGGGAGGAGGAGGCGGAGGCGGAGGCGGAGGAGCAGUCUGGAGGAGGAGGGAGACACUGUCAACAUGGUAGGAGGAGGAGGAGGAGGAGGAAGAGGAAGAGGAGAGUGACUCUUUCUCUGGCGCCAGUACCCUUCCUCUCAACUGCCCCAUUGAGACGAAACCAACAGUACCUUCAAUUAGUUAACGAGCCCUCCCCAGCCUCCCCACCCCUCUCCCCAAGGGCUCCCUCUCCCCAGGCCCCAGCCACCCUCCCCAGAAGCACCUUGAGUGACUGGGGGAGGCUAGGGGGGCAGGUAAAUGGGGUCAGUAAUGGGGUGCCAGGCCAUGUGUUCCCUCCUACACCUCAUUCCUUGCCUCCAUCACCCCAUCAUCCCCUCCCUCCAUCGUCCUUCCCUCUCCCCACUGCCUCAAAUCACACUCUGCCCCCAUCACCCAUCACCCCAGCUAAUAACACCCCAUCACCCAAGCACAUCCGUUCCUUCCCCAUCACACAGACACACACACCAUCGUCAGUCACAUCCCCGACCAGUGUCACCUUCACGUUUCCUGCUGUGCCUGGCCUCACCAACAUCCCCACACACCACACCCGUGCCGCAGAACCACCAAUUACUAUCUCCGGCCCACUAGUAAUAAAGUCUGCACCUCAUCACAACCUCCACCCACCCCCACGUCCUCCUCCUAUGUCAACAUGAGGGUUGGUGUGGAGGGAGUGGAAGAAGGGAGUGAUGGUGAGGUGGAAAAUCACAGGCUGAGUGGAGUGUCUGCUCUGUCGGCAGUGAGCGGGAUGACCUCUGCCUCCACCAUUGAUCUGGAUCAUGUUCCCACUCAGUCCUCUUGGUGUUGAGUCAGUUUAUGAGUCAGUUUGCUUGUUUGUGUGUGUCAAUAGGCUGCCUGUUCAGUUAGUCAAUUGAGUGGGAAUAGAUAGUGUUUAAUCUGUCAGUCAGUCAAGCAGUCAGUUAGUUAGUCGUGUUCAGUCAGUCAGUUAGUCAGUCAGUCAUUCAGUCAGUCUUUCAGCCGUUCACUGUGUCAGUCAGUCAGUACACCAGUCUUUCAACCAAUCAGUCUGUCUUUCAUCCAGUCAUUAAUUCAUUCAGUUAGCCAACAGUCAGUCAGUCCCCUUUAACUCACUCCUGACACAGCCAUUCUUGCAUUAGCAACUUGACUGAUGAGAACCUUAAAAAGAACCUUUAUCUUAGUCACCUGUGAACUCAAAGAGGCUAGAGACAAGUCAGGUGUUUAAGUCAGUUUUGUAUGUGUGCCAAAUGUUAAAAGACCAGCAGCUGUAAGUCAGUAAGUCACUCAGGGCAUUGUGGGGAAGUGAGGAGGAACAGAUGAGAUAUCCAACAAUUCACAACACUGAAAACAUGUACAAGAAAGGUGAUGAAAAGGGUAGGUUUGCAAUUUCUAGGCAGUGCAAUGUUUGGAAGUGACUGUGGAACAAGAAAAGAUACCUCAGACUAGUUAGUUAUUAGAAAAUAUGUCAAAUAGCAGUGAAAGAGUUAAGUUACUAAUAGACUGACUGAUGUGCAAAGUUGUUAAGUCAGUGUUUGGGUUAACUUAAGUUGUUAUUAAGUCGCUCUAAAACUGAAUGGAUUAAAGUGAACGGUUUGUAAGGCCAGUGACUCAUGGGUGAUGUGUGACAAAGUGUGGUUUUGGGAUUACAGAGACUGAGUGAAAGGAUGAAAAAAAAAAAGGGAAAAGAAUGUGGAGUUUUGGAGUUAGAAAAAAAAAGUGACUGAAGGUAACUGAAGAGAGAAAAAAAACAAUUAAAAAAAGUACAUGGUAGAUAUUGUAGUGACUCAGUGAAAGUAAAGAAAAUGAAAGAAAAGUAGAUUUAUGGAUAGUGGAGUAAAAAAGUGAAUGAAGGUACAAUAAGAAUGAAAAAAAAUAUUGAAGGGUACUUAUGAAGAAAAUGAAUGACAAAAAAUAAUGAGUAAUGUGAAAGAAUAAAAUAAUUAUGAAUGAAAAAUAGGGACUUAAAAAAGAAAUAAAGAUAAUGAAUACUUUUAGAACCACACCAGUGAAUUACGAAUGACAUGAAUAAAAAUUAUUAAAGAAAACUAUUAUUCAUGAAAGGAAAACGAAAACGUUACCCAUGAAUGACUUUGCAAUGAACAAAAGCAGUAAUGGGUGACUUAGAAAACGGGAAGAAAAUUUAAAGAAACAGAAAACGAACAUUAUACAACCAAGAGAAAAUGAGAGAGGAGGUUAAUGGGACAGAAAACGAACAUUGGGUAGCCAAGAGAAUGGAAAGAAGUUACUGGAAUAGGAAAUUAAAAGAAAUUAAAGGAAUAGAGGAAAUAAUUAAAAGAAACUUAAGGAAUAGGACAUAAGCAAUAUAUAAGAAGGAAAAUUAAAAUACAUUGAAGGAAUAGAAAAUAAACAAUAGAGAGAAAACAGAACAUUAGAAGAAACAAACACAAUAGAAAAUGGGUGGGAGGUCCAGAGAAAACAGGUAAAGGUUAUUGGAACAGAAAAUGGAGAUUGAAUAGCUUAAAGAAAACGAGAAGAGACGGAUAUAAAAUGAAAAUGUAAUUAUUAAUGGAUUAUUUUCCCACCGUAAUUACAUGUCAUCUUCCGAUAGUGUUUUGUGUAAAGUAUCUGUCUGUUUGUUUGUUUUGUUACAUUGUCGUAAAGAAAUAGCUUUAAUAUUGUCACAAAGUAGUAAUGAUAAUGAUGAUAGUAAUAAGAACAAGGAACAGCGACUAAAAAAAAAUAAAAUAGAUGGUAAUGAUAAUAAUAAUUUAGAUAGAAGUUAAUUAUUAUGAAAUGUUUGUUUGUUUAUUUAUUUAUCUAAUUAUCUACUUAUUUAUAUUCUUACACCAAAUUCUAUCGGAAGAUGAAAUGGAAGCAAUAAUAAUAAUGAUAAUAAUAACUAGUAAUAAUAAUAAUAAGAAUAAUAAUGAUAGUAAUAAUGAUAAUAACAGUAAUAACUAUAAUAUUAAUUGCAAGGGCUCCCAAUUACACUGAUAUUAGUACCUCUUAUUAUGUCGUAAUUAACGUGUGUGUGUGUGUGUGUGUGUGUGUGUGUGUGUGUGUGUGUUUGUGUGUGUGUGUGUGUAAAUAAUCUAGUAUGUGUGUGUGUACAGCUUCUGAUAAUCUUAAUUUUUUAUAAGGUACAACUUUUACAUACAUGCAUACACACAUUUUACGUUCUCUCUCUCUCUCUCUCUCUCUCUCUCUCUCUCUCUCUCUCUCUCUCUCUCUCUCUCUCUCUCUCUCUCUCUCUCUCUCUCUCUCUCUCUCUCUCUCCUUCUUCUUCUUCUUCUUCUUCUUCUUCUUCUUCUUCUUCUUCUUCUUCUUCUUCUUCUUCUUCUUCUUCUUCUUCUUCUCCUCCUCAUAGACAUUUAUCAUUUAUUGUCUGAUAGUGAUGUGUGUGUGUGUGUGUGUGUGUGUGUGUGUGUGUGUGUGUGUGUGUGUGUGUGUGUGUGUGUAUGUGUGUGUGUGUGUGUGUCAGUUCUUUGUGUACGUGCCAUGGGCGAUCAGAUACACAGACUUAUAUAGUGUGUAUGAGAGAGAGAGGGAGAGAGAGAGAUAAGAUAACCUCAUUGCCUUAGGCUUUAUAUGGAAAAGAGGUUCGUUUCAUGUUAAGAGAAAUUUCAUUUAUGUUGCUUACUCAAUUAAAGUUUCAUUUGAUACUGAAAAAAAAGAUUCCUUUCAUAAUGGAAAAAAUUCUUUCCAUAUUAAAAGGAAAGCAGUUUUGUUUCAUAUUAAAAACAAAAUAAGCUUCGUUUCUUGUUAGUAAAGGAAAGUUUUGUUUCAUAUUAAAGAGAAAAAGUUCCAUGUAUUAUUAAUUAAAUGUUUCGUUUCACAUUAUUAAAGGAAGUUUCAUGUUAAAAGGUAGUUUCGAUUAAUGUUACUAAUAAAAUGGUUUCAGUUUGUUAGAAAGUGUAUCAAGUUCGUUUCAUGUUACAUAGAAAGAAAACUUUCGUUUGUAUUAAAGGAAAAAAGUUUCCAUCUUCGUUUUCCUUUGAAAAUGAACUAUAAUUUAGUUAGCGUGCAAGAUAGAAACAUUUCAGGAAAAUACUUUUCUCCACCGUAAAUGAGAAAGAAUUUUGGUAUUUUUAUGGAAAUCAAAUACGUUUAUUUGCAAAAAUUGUCAAUUAUAUAAGUUUUUCGCGUAUUUGUACUCUCUCUCUCUCUCUCUCUCUCUCUCUCUCUCUCUCUCUCUCUCUCUCUCUCUCUCUCUCUCUCUCUCUCUCUCUCUCUCUCUCAAUUAAUUAACUAUAUAUUCAUAAUUAAACAGGAAUACACUUAACUGUGUAUCAUUGUCAUAUAUAGAGAAAGAAACGAGAAAGAUGAAGAAAGGAAGAAAAGGAUCAUGAAGAAAAAACCGAGAAGAAAACAAAAAAAAGUAGGAAGAGAAGAGAGGAGGGAUUAAAUAAAAUGUGUGUGUGUGUGUGUGUGUGUGUGUGUGUGUGUGUGUGUGCAGCUGUUAAAAAUUGCAAAUAUUUUUAUUAUACGUCGUUAAGGAAUUUCUAUCUUCGCUUUUUUUUUCGCUCGAAAGUUUUUUUUUUUUUUUAUCGUUUACUGCUUCGAUUCUUGUUCCAUUGUUUAUUUGUGUAAAUAUGUAACGAAAGGAAGGUGUAAAUAAAGGCGUGUGUUUGUC